AUGGCUAGUCCGCCACGGAAUCCUAGAGAAGGCGAGCAGGGCAGCUCCGAAUUCUCGGAGGAGACGAGCAGGGAACGCCCGACCGCCCCGCAGAAGACGUUCAUAGCGCCGCCCGCUUCGCAGCUGCCCACUAAGUUGCAAUACGUCACGCGACGAGCGUCUGGUCCGAGUGGCAUUAAGAAUGUGUAUCCAACGGUGAAAACGGCGCGACGGGUACCUACGUUGCCCGGGAAACCGAAAGAGGCCACGACGAGUUCGACGGGUAGCGAGCGCCCGGGCCCAGAGCCCGCUGCCCCCGGGCGGAGUGCCCGUCGCGAUCGCCACAAGCGUCACGUCUGCACUACCUGCGAAAAACGGUUUUCGAGCCCUGGCAAGCUCAGCCAGCAUGUCCUCUCCCAUACCGGAAGACGAGAUUUCUUAUGCCCUUAUUGUCCUCAAAAAUUUGGCCGCAAGGAUCAUUUAGUCAGACAUGUUAAAAAUGCUCAUCCAGAGAAAUCAUGGAGGUCUGCUGCAGUAGGUACGUCAAAGGAUCCACCACCAGAAGCCUCCACAUUUGAAGAAAGUUUUCCUGAGAUACCCGUAGAAGGGUUGGAAUUUAAGAUCUGGAAUCCUACUUCACCAAAAGCAAGCACAUCUGAUGCAUCUACAGUACGGACACGAGUGCCAUCAAGUGAUAUUAUUGUUGAAAUUCCACCUGACCUUGAUAUAAAAGUCGAACCUUUAGAAAUAAAACAAGAGCAAGAAACUUCACCCAGCUAUGAACCAUAUGCUCCUGAGUAUGAUGUUUAUGUCAUCCCCUCAACAUAUCCCCCAACGCCGUCCAACUUGCCGUAUAUUUCACAACCAUUAACUGAUCCAGAGCAAUUGCUUGAUCCUAGUAGUGUACAGUCUAUAUACUUAGAUCCAGGGGAAGGACCCUCAGUGUUGCCUGGUGAAAUGCUCCUGUUGGAGGAGAGUGAACCAUCAUAUGGGGCAGAGGAAGGCCGAUUACAUCGAUUACCAGCAUUCACGCAGGCUUUUCAAACAACACAGAGUCAAAAACCUCCCCCACCGCCACCACCGCCACAC